GAGCCUCCUUCAUGGCUGAGUCCGGACUUGAUAAACUCCGUAAUCACCACGCGAGAGUUCAAUUAACCAAGAGACACUUCGCCGUAGCAGUUCUCGACCGCGGUCUUCGAGAUGUCUCAGCCGCGGCGGUUGAGGGUAUGGGCCCAAUAAGGGGGUUCCUUUACCGUUUUCAACGAUUCUCGGGGUCUUUCUGCUUCCUCGAGCGUUACCGUGAACGUGGGAAGCGCGUGAGGAAUGAAUGAAUGCGGAUUUCACGAUGGUUCAGGGCAUGGAACUUCUCAUGCGGUCCGGCGGCCGCACGUGCUUUGGGGAAAGAACACUGGAACAUGGCACCUCGGGAGAGCUCUCGACUUCUCAAACGUCUGUCCAUGCCCAAACACUUGGACUUUGGGGCCGAGCUAGACUCUCAACCCAAGGCCGAAGGCUUGACGGGAUCCUGCAUGCGGGGAUGGGCUCAUCAUACUCUUCGGCCUCACGGCGAGCCAAAAACAAGGCGCUGUUCGAGCGGGGCGCUCCUCGCGCGGUGCCAACGUGGCCUGCACGAGGAAAGGGCCGAUUCUGCAUAGCCGUGAGCUGGGGGGGCAACGUGGCGAGGAGGCCACAUGUCUUUGGGUAUUGGUCGCUUGGAAAUGUCGUGGGCGAGGGGAUGGCGUGCAGGCGGCGUUGGUGGCGGCUGUGUUGCUACGAGUAUUAUUCGCGUGACUGGGACUGAUUUUGAGAACUAGUGUAGCUGGGCCAUCGGAAAUGGUUGAAUUGGGUUCUGUUGUUUUUGCACAUGUGGUUAGUUGCUGGUUGGUACAUUGAUGUUGGUUAACGAUGCGAUGCUCCCACCUGGCCGAACGCCAUGACUCUAGGCAAGUAUCAUUCAA